AUGAUGGAUACGAGAGUUAAUAGAAUUUAACUUUGUAGAAAUAAAUCUGCAAUAAAUUAAAUUAGGAAGUGUAUAAAGGUUUCAUGUAAAAUUUAUGUCAAACAUAAAUUUUAUUUUUGUUUGUAAAUGUCAUAGCUAAAACUUCAACAUUGCUCUAGUUCAUGCGCUCAGAGUUCUUAAUGUAAGAUUUAAACGAUGAUGCAUGGGAAGUAACCGGAUCCGAUAAGUGCUUAGCAAUAGGAAAAUUUAAUCAAUUUAGGAAAUUCAGAUUAGAAGAGAAGGAACAGUUGUGCUGGAGAUCGUUUCAUCCCAAUGAUCAAGAAGAAAUUCAAUAUACUAUCUGAAACCAAGGCUCCAGCCCAAGACAUAGCAUCAUCUUAGGCAGCCUUGGAAAUGCUUUAUAAGCAGUAAAUUCUUGAUUAGGAGCCUGUAAUGGAGCCAGAAAAUGGUUCACUAAAAUUUGUGAACCAAAAUAAUUUCUAAUACAAGAACGAACAUCUACAUUAUAUAGAUUCUAUAGAUCCAAAAAAUUACAAUAGUCCUUUGGUGGAUCAUAAAUACUUCGCAUUGCCAGAAACUAUGUCCAGCUAUUAUGGGAAAUACAUAAGAAAAAUUCCAAAAGUGCCUUUUAAAGUUUUGGAUGCCCCUUAAUUACAAGAUGAUUUCUAUUUAAAUUUAAUAGAUUGGAGCAAUCAAAACACCCUUUCUGUAGCACUAAGCAACUGUGUAUAUCUGUGGAAUGCCUAAUCAUCAAAAGUAACCAAGUUGCUAGAUCUGAGUAAUGACAUAGUCACUAGUGUUGGAUGGUCUUUGAGAGGACCAUUCUUGGGAGUGGGAACAAACAAUGGAGAAGUAUAAAUAUGGGAUGCUUGUAAAUUACAAAAAGUAAGGACUUAUAAAAGUCAUGUUGCCAGAGUAGGAACCCUAUGUUUUGCUGAGAAUAUGUUGAGUAGUGGUUCAAGAGAUAAAUCAAUACUUUAAAGAGAUUUAAGACAAAAGGAAGACUACUUCUUCAAAUAGACUGCUCAUAAAUAAGAAGUUUGUGGAUUGAAAUGGUCACCAGACAGUCAAUUAUUAGCCUCUGGAGGAAAUGAUAAUAAAUUAUACAUUUGGAGUGCAGCAUAACAUGAUAAACCUAUAUUCAAAUUCACAGAACAUUAAGCAGCUGUCAAAGCUAUAGCUUGGAGUCCUCAUUAACAUGGAUUAUUAGCAAGUGGUGGAGGAACUGCAGAUAAAACUAUCAGAUUUUGGAAUGCUUUAGAAGGAAAACUAUUAUCAAAGGAAGAUACUGGAAGUUAAGUUUGCAAUUUAAUGUUCAGUAAGAUGGAAAAUGAACUCAUUUCUACUCAUGGUUACAGUCAGCAUUAGAUUAUAUUGUGGAAAUGUAAUGGAAUGAAAAGAAUCGCAACUUUGGUUGGACACACUAGUCGUGUUCUCUAUUUAGCUAUGUCUCCUGAUGGAUAUACCAUUGUGACUGGAGCAGGAGAUGAGACAUUGAGAUUUUGGAAUAUAUAUCCUUUAAAGAUCUUGGUGAAUCAUAAAACAAUAAAUGCUAAUUGGUUCCACAGAAUAUUAGUAUACGUUGAUGUGAUUAACUUUAUAUACUCAUUUUUUUUAUUGAUGAUGAUGUUAAUCUUUUUUCUCUGGCUCAACCAUGGUUUGUAAGUUCAUCUAAGAGUUGCAUCAACCCUUUCUUUCUAAAAUUGCAAUAUUUCCCUAAAGGUUAAGGUUUCUCAAUGUCUAUUGCCAAAGCGAUAUCCUUUCUCAUUUAGAGAAUAGUCGUCGUUUCAACUACAAAUUAAUCCACUAUGA